AUGGUGCAAUACGUGAUCACUCCAUGGCGCACUCAGGCCGAACUACUCCAAGUUCGUUCGCAGCUUUAUCCACAAUCGACAGUACUCGCGACUGGAUCCGCCAGAUUCGAAGGAAGUGCGGAUGAGGGUCAACAGAAGGAGGCCAUAGCGCGCGUGAGCGUCUGGGUGCAGCGAGGCAAUUGUCCACACUUGGUAGAAAGCACUGCUAUUCUAAAUAGUGCUUUACUGAAUGAUGGGCGAGGAAACGAAGCAUAUUGCGUCAGGGCCGUCUAUGCCGCAGCUUUUUGCAGAUUCGUCACCGGCCUUCUAGAUUGUCACCAAGACAAGCGCUACAAACUUAGUAUGUACACUAUUGCUAAAAAUAUUGGACUUCCAGCUACAUUUGUUGAAUUACGACAUCAAGCAACUCACGAAGAACUACCUUCACUAUCUAAACUACGCACCGUGAGUCGGAAGGCUUUGUCCUGGAUUUGGGAUUAUUACUGGGUCCACCUCGCUCCUGAAGCCGCCCAACGACAGGACCUUCCUGAUGAUUGUGAGGUCUUUUUACGAAGGCUUAUUGGUGAGACGGACGAUCAUCUCAGUCUACGCGUAGAACAAUCGCUCAGUAAUUGGCCGAGAGACCACAUCAUUGCCAUUCUCAAUGAAAUCCAGGACACAACUCAGGAUGUGACCCUAUUAUUACGGGCAUCUCAACUGCAUUCCAAGAUUCUGGAAGUUGACGUUAAGCAAUUGGCAGCGAUAAGUGUUGAAGAUGUUAAGACAGAAUUAGAAGUGAUGGAGCUAAACCUCAAAAUACCCGACAUAGUGAAUGACACCACCGAAUCUCAUGCUUCGCACUCAAACGGCUGGUCACUUUGGGAAGGUCCAUGGAUACCUAAGCCUAUUGGGAUGGUCUAA